CUAGACGCCACACACACACACACAUCGCUUCUCCACACGACCUCGCUGAACCGGAAGACCCGCGCACACACGCCACUUGUGCACCAUGGCGCCCCGGGUGGCGGACAAGUCGCCAUUGCCGCUGGCCACCGGCCUGAAGCUUGGCGUUGGCGGAGGAGUCGGAGGCAUGGGCUUGGGUCCACACUACCGAGGCGUGAGGAAGCGGCCGUGGGGACGCUACGCCGCGGAGAUCCGCGACCCAGCCAAGAAGAGUCGCGUGUGGCUGGGCACGUACGACACGGCCGAGGAGGCCGCCAAGGCCUACGACGUCGCCGCCCGCGAGUUCCGUGGCGCCAAGGCCAAGACUAACUUCCCGUUCCCCCUCGCCGUCGCCGUCGCCGGCGGUGCUGGUAGCCCCAGCAGCGACAGCACCACCUUGGAAUCGAGCUGUGGCGGCAGCGGGUGUGGCGUCGAAGCGCCUGUGCAGGCGGCCAUGCCGCUGACCCCGGCCCUCGACCUCGAUCUCUUCCACCGGGCGGCCGCCGUCAGCGCGGUCACCACCGGCGGCAUGCCCUUUCCGUUCAAGGCCUUCCCCGUCGUGCGCCCGACCCCACAUCAGUACUUCCUCUACAACCAGGCCGCGGCGGCCGCGGCAGCCGGGUACAGGAUGUUCAAGGUCGCCUCAGCUCCAGUCACCGUAGCCGCCGUCGCGCAGAGCGACUCCGACUCCUCGUCUGUGGUUGAUCGCACCUGUUCGCCUCCCGCGGUGACGGCAAAGAAGGAGGUCAGCUUCGAACUGGAUCUGAACUGGCCGCCGCCGGCAGAGAACUAGUCGCACCGGAGUUUUCAGCUGACGACUUUGCAGUUUCCUUUUUCCCUUUUGGCCUUCAUCAGGAAUUGUAGUGUAGCUCUGGGUGUUUGGUCUUUUUUUUUUCUUGCAUGUAGAGUGUAGACUAUGAUAUGGUGGAGCCUUGUACAUAGUACUGUAGUGUUUUUUUUUUCCGCCGAGACGGAGUAGAUCUGUUCGUGUGUCUGGACAGAUCAAACCGGCGUUGAUAUGGGCUUUAAACCAUGGAGCAUGUUGAUUAA